AUGCCAGACCAUAGAAAAAAACUAUCACUGGAGGAACGUCUUUCUCUGGCCACCAAAAAAGGAAAGAAGAAGGGCAAAAAAUCAAACUUAAAUUCUCCUUCAAUCACUGCUACUUCAUCUCCACAAUUAAAUGCCUCUGAAUUUGUACCAACUGAAAAUAACAAGAGCAUAGAAUCUACCAUCUCUCCCAUACAAUCAUCUUUAGAUUUACAACAAAAUACGCCACACAAAGACGAUGCCACAAUUACUGAGCAUGCUAAGCCCACCAUUGAAACAUGGCUUCCUAAUAAUUAUGAGGAACUUGAUGUAGAAAGUUUAUUAAACCAAUUGAGGCCGUACUUGACGGAUAUCAUUAAAGAGAACGAGAGCUUAAAGAUUCAGGUUAACGAAAAUUCUGCACAAUCCCCGCCUAUACCCGAUUCAAGUCUAUUCAGACUGAUAAAAGAAAAAGAUGAUAUUAUCAAUCAAUUAAGAACAGAAGGCGAAAAUUUAUCCAAGAGUGACUUUAGAAAGUCAACAGAGUUGAAGUCUUUAAAGAAUGAAUACACUGAUUUACAAACGCAAUUGACAGCAGCAAAGAAUGACUUAGAGGAAAAGGAUAUUGACCUAAAGAAUAUAAAAAUGGCUAAUGCAUCUCUUGAAAAGUCAUUAACUGAAUCAACAGUAAAGAUCUCUUCUCUUUUGAAGGAAACGGAUGAGUUAGCUCAUUUACAAAGUCAAUUGAACGAAAAGGACGUAAAGAUAAAUGAAUUAACUGAAAAAUUGACUUCUUCUACAACAAGUUUGAACGAUACGAUCUUAAACCAUCAGAGUGAAAUUGACUCAUUGAAGAAAACAAACAAUGAUCAUAUAUUGACUUUAGAAUCUACUAUUGAAAAACUUCGAAUCGAGUUAGAAAACGUAAAUGACGAAAUAACAUCAACAAAUAUACUGGGGAAUCCUAUUAGAACGAAUACCCAAGACACUACAGGUCAUCCACGAGAUCAGUAUGAAAUUUUACAAAAUCAGUUCAAAUCAAGUAAAGAAAAUUGGGAAAGUAUAGAAUUUUCAUUGAAUUCUAAGAUCACAAAUCUCAACUCAACUCUAAACGAUUCAAAGAAAGAUAUUGUCAAGCUCAAUAAAGAUCUUGAACAAUUAAGAACAGAAAAGACAAAGUUAGUGAAACAGUUAAACAAUGAACGUGAACAAAAUGAAGAAUUAAAAGAGCAAAUCAAAAACUUGAACCUGAAGAUAGACAACCUAAACAAUGCAUUACAUACCCGAACAGAAGAUUACUCACUCCUUCAAAAGAAGUUCAAUAUUCAAAAGUCACAAUUACAAAACAAUAUUGGAACCCAAGAAGUUCCUUCCAACUCUGGUGAACUAUUGAUCCCUAAAAAUAAAAAUUAUUCAAUAUCAUCUAAAAUUUCAAGUGAUUCUCUAAUGCGCAACUUGCAAGAGGAAUGGUUAAACUCUGACAUACCAUUUGGAGGUAAUCCCGAUAACAACAGCGAUUUGGAAAACGAUAACCUGGAUAACAUUGACAAUAGUGUCAUUUUACACACAGAUGAUAAGGAAGGUAGCGUUUCACCUACAAAUUCUGUGGAAUGUUUAAAUGACUCCAUCACGCAAGAAAGUGGGCACAAUAACAAACAAUUGCCAGUACUAGAAUUGGGUGAGGUACCAGAAGAAGCAGCAGAUCUUGAAUCGAUGUUUCAAAGGACACCUUCUUCUCAAAUCCCAUUAUCAUUACGUAAAACAAGCACAGCAUUAUUAAGUAAUGCCUCUAACACACAAAUGAACUCACAGAUGAUGAGUAGGUUGGGUUCAGAGAUAAGAAGGAUCGAAGGAGAAUAUGCCGCCUUGGAAGAGACAUAUACUCGAUUAAAAAAAGAGAAGGAUAACGCAAACGAUGAAAUAUUAAGACUGCUAGAAGAGAAUGAAGGUGUUAAGAGCAUAAAAGAGGAGAAUUUGAAACUAAAGACCCAAAUCGAAUCUGUAAAUCAGAAAUUAGAAACUGCAUUGCAACUAUUAGGUGAAAAGACUGAGGCAGCUGAAGAACUUCAAAACGAUGUGGAAGAUUUGAAGGAAAUGUUGCAUCAACAAGUUCAACAAAUGGUAGAGAUGCAACAAAGACUCCUAUAG